CGAUUUUUUUCCUUUCCCAUUACCCCACUUUUCUCUCUCUCUCUCUCUCUCUCUCUCUCACACUAUAUAAUAUAUGUAUAUAUAUUCGCAGAUCCUGAGUGUUUCUCUGUAUUUUUCUCUAGGGUGAGAAAAUUUAUUGUAGAGAGAAGAAAGAAGGGUGGGAAGAAUAAUAGGAAGAAAGAUUGAGAAUGGGUUCGGUUCCACCGGAGUUGAGCUUGGAUUUUAGGCAGACGUUUGUGCCCAAAACGAUCACUGAUUUUCGUAGGGAGGUUUCGAUGAUCGGGAACGUGUCGGAGAAGGCGGCGAGGCUGGAGGAUUUCGUGAAGAGAUUGGAGGAGGAAAUGAGGAAGAUCGACGCGUUUAAGCGCGAGCUGCCUCUCUGCAUGAAUUUAUUGAUUGAUGCGAUUCGUCAUUUGAAGGAUGAGGAGCCAAUUCAAUGCACUUCAAAAAAUGAGGUUCAACCAGUGUUGGAGGAGUUCAUACCACUGAAGACAGAUUGUGAUCGAAAUGAAGAAAAUAAGAAAGAAAAAGACUACAGGGAUAAGAAGAAUUGGAUGAGCUCUGUGCAGCUCUGGAACACUGAUGAUUUACCCUUCACUGAUUGCACCAAACAAAAUCCCAAAUUAGACACUAAGAAAAAUGAGGAAAAGAAUGGCUUAGGAAGCGAGGAUCCAUUCCAGUCUUGUAGGAAUAAAAGUGGAGGCAGGGGAUUUAUGCCAUUCAAGGCGUGUUCGGGUUUUCCAGUGGGGAAUAAGGAAGAGAAGGAGGAACUGCCGGUUGAUGGGCUUUCACUUCUCACGCCGGGAAUUAAGAAUCUAAGGGAGGAAUCGGGUGCUAAUGGUUUGAGAACCGGCAGUAGCAGAGUGGUUUCCUCCUCUGCUCCAAAUGCGAAUAUACGGAACGGAACACUGCAACAGCAGCAGCAGCAGUCCGCUAGGAAGCAGAGGAGGUGCUGGUCACCAGAAUUGCAUAGGCGGUUCGUCAGUGCUUUGCAGCAGCUUGGAGGUUCACAAGCAGCCACGCCAAAGCAAAUUAGAGAACUGAUGCAGGUUGACGGGUUGACUAAUGAUGAAGUUAAGAGUCAUUUACAAAAAUACAGACUUCAUACUCGAAGGCUUCCAGCUACUGGAGGAGCUUCCGCUGCAAAUCAAUCUGUUGUUGUUUUAGGAAGUUUAUGGAUGUCCCAAGAUCAGUUUGGUGACUCCUCUAAGGCUUGCAAUUCCCAGUCUGGUUCUCCCCAAGGUCCCCUCCAUUUAGCUGGAAACACUGGAGGGACUUCAACCACAGGGGGUGACAGCAUGGAAGAUGAUGAAGAUGCAAAAUCUGAGGGCUACAGCUGGAAAAAUCACAUUCAGAAACCUGGAAAACUGAUGUAUAGAGUUCAUCCACCAUGAAUUUUGCAGAUAACAAGUAUACAUGGGAGGAGCUGAUUACUAUACAAGAAUAUUACAUUAUACAUAAAAUGAGAAGGAUCUUGGAAGAGGAUGUGAAAUUUUGCAGGAUUAGCUUUCCUUCUGUCUCAAAUUUGAGGAGUUGUUUUGUUGCGGGAUUGGUUACAUGAAUUCUAAGCAAAUCCAUGCCUGCAUGGAAAAAAAAAAAAACGAGGCCAUUUUUCCCAUAUCAUAAAGCUCUUGGUUACUCCAAUAAUUCUUCAGUAUUCACUUUUAUCUUAUUCCCUGACGUUUGAAAUCUUCAAAUGCUUUGUUGAUGGAUAAUAGAUUGCCCAACUGUUUCUCCUUGAUGGGCAUUUGUGCA